AUGGAGUCCGGUGCCCUGGCGCGGUACCGCGGCGCCACCGAGUCCUUCGCGCACGGCAGCGACAACCCAGUGAACGGUGGCACGCGGCUGAGCCCUUGGCUGGCCUUCGGCUGUCUCUCCGCGCGGAUGGUUGUCAAGGAGGCUCGUGACUGGGAGCGUCAGCACGGGAAGAGCUGUUCCACCUCCAAGGGUGUCGGGAAGAUAGGCUCCACGGGGAAUCGGCUCCACACGGAGCUGCUCUUCCGUGACUUCCUCCGCUUUUCAGCCCUGGCCUGGGGCACCUCUCUCUUCAAGAUCGGAGGGCCCUUUGGUGUCACGGGGAUCCCGUGGCGCAAAGACCUGGAGCUCUUCGAGAAGUGGCGCUUGGGCCAGACCGGCUUUCCAUUUGUGGAUGCUGGCAUGCGGGAGCUGGCAGCCACCGGAUACAUCUCACACCUGCACCGUCAGUGCUGCGCAGCCUUUCUGGCUCGAGACCUGGGCCUCGACUGGCGCAUGGGCGCCGAGCACUUCGAGUCCUGCUUGUUGGACCACACGCCGGACGCCAACUGGGGCAAUUGGGCUUACCGGAUCCUCCAACGGCCCUGCCUGGCGGAGACGCGGCGCAGCUAUCCACUGGAGGAACACCUGAACACCGUCGAGGUGGUGGUGUGGCCGGCGGUGCACGACGCCUUUCUCGAACAUACCUUGCAUUGGGUGCCGGAGCUCUCCUCCUUGCCCAAGGACCUGGCACGUGAGCCGUGGCGCACCGAAGGGCGGCCGCUGAAGCGAAUACCGAUCAAACCCUACCAGGACUCCCCGCUGUGGUUCUGCGCAGCCAACCGCACGAACUGGGAUUACGAGUACUUCUGGCUGCCGGGGCACGCGUGGGUGGUCCAGCUGGGUGCUGGAGCAGGAGAACACCCAUGGAGAGAUUUUCAGCUGAGUCGCGACUACUUCCGCCCGCUGAUCCCUGCGUUGAACGUGGAGAUCGACCUGGAUGCCUUGCCCUUGCGCCAUGCCUGGGGCGAUACACCGCCCCAGCUGCGACCACACAUCUGGGGAGGCGGCCUGCGAGUUCCGCAGAGAUCUCCGCAGGAGACCUCCAAAGGAAAAGGCGGUUCUCGAAGAGGCAAGGGCGGCGGUCGAGCAGAGAUGUCUCGACCGCAAUGA